CUACAUGCAAAAGGGAACCAUGCAUACAGAUUCCAGUGAAACCAAAACUGAUCUGAGUGCUGUUUGUGCUCUCAGUGUGUAAAUACAGGAAAAUGGCGGAGGCAGGUAUUUCAGUAGAUCAGCUUUCUGUGGACCACUUCAUCUGUCCAGUGUGUCUGGAUCUCCUGAAGGAUCCGGUGACUGUCCCGUGUGGUCACAGUUUCUGUAAGGUGUGUAUUAAUGGCUGCUGGGAUCAGGAGGAACAGAAGGGUGUCUACAGCUGUCCUCAGUGCAGACGCACUUUCACUCCAAGGCCUGUUCUACGCAGAAACAACAUGCUGGCUGAAGUGGUGGAGAAACUGAAGAAGAAUUCUGAAGUCCAAACUGCUUCUCCUGAUCACUGUUACGCUGGACCUGGAGAUGUGGAGUGUGAUUUCUGCACCGGGAGAAAAGACAAAGCCGUCAAGUCCUGUCUGGUGUGUGUGGCUUCUUACUGUGAAACUCACCUGAAACCUCAUCUAGAAGUUCCUGCUUUGAAAAAACACACAUUAACUGAAGCCUCAGCAAAGCUACAAGAGAAGAUCUGCUCUGAACAUGACAAGCUGAUUGAGAUCUACUGCAGAACUGAUCAAACCUGCAUCUGUUAUUUAUGUACGAUGGAUAAACAUAAAGGACACAACGUCGUCACAGCCUCAGGAGAACGAGCUGAGAAACAGAGUGAGUUAAAGAAGCAGCAGAUGAAAUCCCAGCAGAGAAUCCAGGAGAAGCAGAAGAAGGUGCAGGAGCUGAAACAGGCUGUGAACACUAUAAAGCUCAGUGCACAGACAGCAGUGGAGGACAGUGAGAGGAUCUUUACUGAGCUGAUCAGCUCCAUGGAGAAAAAGCGUUUGGAGGUGAAGGAGAUGAUCAGAGCUCAGGAGGAGGCUGAACUGAGUCGACCUGAACGACUCCUGGAGGAACUGGAGCAGGAGAUCACUGAUCUUCAGAGGAGAGUCACUGAGAUGGAGCAGCUUUCACACACACACGAUCACAUCCAUUUCCUCCAGGCUUUAGCUUCUGGACGUCGGUCUCCUCCAAUAGAAAGACCAGAUUUUCACACAUCCAGCAUCACUGUCCAUCAACAUCACUUAUCAGAUGGAAUGAGGAAAUAUUUCUCAGAUCUAAAGAAGAAACUUGAGGAAUUCUGUGAGGAGGAAUUCAACAAAAUCCCUGCACAAGUUGAGGAUGUUCAGAUUUUACUCUCAGAGCCAAAAAGAAGAGAAGAUUUCCUAAAACGUUUCUGUUAUCUGACUCUGGAUCCCAAUACGGCGUAUCAUACCCUCAGUCUGUCUGAGAAGAACAGAGAAGUUAUAUUCAGUAAGAAUAAGCAAACAUAUUCAGAUCAUCCAGAGAGAUUUGAAUGCAUCGCUCAGGUGUUGUGUGAGGAGAGUGUGUGUGGACGCUGUUACUGGGAGGUGGAGUGGACUGAUGGUGGUUUUGGAGGUGUGUUCAUUUCAGUCUCAUAUAAAGACAUCAGAAGGAAAGGUCGGGGUGAUGAGUGUAGGUUUGGACGCAACAAUCAGUCCUGGAGUCUGCAUUGUUUUUCUUCUUCUCUCUGUUUCUAUCACGGCAACAUUAAGACUGAUCUCAGAGUUCCGCCACCGUUCAGAAUAGGAGUGUAUGUGGAUCACAGUGCAGGAACUCUGUCCUUCUACAGCGUCUCUGACACCAUGAAGCUCCUCCACAGAGUCCAAACUACAUUCACUCAGCCACUAUAUGCUGGAUUUGCAGUCGGUCCAUUUUCAACAGCGCGAUUAUGUGAUUUAGAAUAACAGAUCUUUAAAUAAAUUGUGCAGUUGUGCCCUCAGGAGAACUGGUUACUUCGCCAGUAAUGUUGUUUAGAGUAAUGAAAAGAAAGUCUGGCAUUUCCAUGAGUCUUGCAUCAUAGCUCUUCCAGCAGAAAUGAAGUGAAACCAUGUCAUGAGCAUCCUGUAGAAUUUGCACACAUUGUGAUAAGUUUGAUGUAUGAAUGCAGGAAUGUUUGCUUGUUAAUCAUCCACACGAAUUUUAAAUGUAUUCUUCUCAGUGGCCAAUUCUGCCCUCUGCUGGCAAAAAUACUGUUCACACAAUUCUCACCAGGUAUACCAAGCAGAUGGAAGAUCGAUCAUUUUCAUGAUUUCUUUAAUUCAUUCAAUCUCGUAUAUAGGAAACAGAUGACAAAAGAAAGAAAAACUUGGACUAGAAGAGUUGAGAUAUAAACUACUCAAUUCUGUUUCCUGAACAUCACCUACGGAGAUACUGUGAUGCUUUGCUCAUAUGGUAGAAAAUUAUUGAAUCACUCUUUGAGACGACUCAUUCUUCUGAGUCACCUGAGUCAAAAUGAACGAAUCAUUCAUGCGAACGAUACCUUUGGUUAAGGACAAUGUACAGUGUGAUCAGUGUAAGCACCAAGACCUCAGCUCCGACCUGAGGUUUAUCCCAAUAGUAGCUAAACGUUAAUUUGUACUCACUGGGGUACAAACAUACAGACUAAUCAAAGCUCAAAGUCAAAACAGGUUCCUGCAAUAAGGAAACAGUCAACAGAAGUAAAAGAGGAAACCUUUUAUACCUGAUAUAUGAGCCUAUUUUUCGUUAUUUGGUUUUGUAUUGUACGUUCAGUUUGCAAUUUUUAAUUUGCUUUUUCAAACUUUGCCUGACUUCUUUAAAUAAAGCAUAUGUU